AUGGAUGCUGAGGACGACCCCUUGUUGCAAGAUGCUUGGCUGAACGAGGAAGAGGAGGUGGCCUUCGGCCCCUGCAAGAGAUCCGAAGGCCCCCGGCUCUGCGGGAAAUGCCGAUGGAAUCCCAGGCCCCGGGCGCCCACGGCACCGGUGUUGUCCUCCAGCUUCUGGCACGUGGUGGGUUGGGUCUUCACCAACCCCUACUCCGCCAGCCUUAUCCUCUUCUUGGGCUGUGGCAUUCCGGCCGCCUUGGCCGUAGUGAUGUUCCUGCACUACCCUGCUUUGGACAUCGACAUCUCGUACAACGCCUUCGAGAUCCGCAACCACGAGUCCUCCCAGCGCUUCGACGCCCUGGCCUUGGCCCUCAAGUCCCAGUUUGGCUCCUGGGGCCGCAGCCGCCGGGACCUGGCGGACUUCAACUCAGAGACCUUGCAGAGACUGAUCUUUGAGCAGCUCCAGCAGGUGCGCCGGAACGCCUCGCAGCUGGGCGGCCGCGGGCGGAAACGCCGCAGCGCCGACCAGGACAGGACUAGUCCCUCUCCUCUGGCUCAGCCGACGUUGACCAACCAAACCUCCCGCCGACCGCGGAGUACCCUGCCCCGCUGGGAAUACUCCAACGCCGUGGUGAGCGCCAACACGCAGACCCACGUGCAUUGGCGCAUCGAGCUCAUCUUCCUGGCCCGGGGAGACGCCGAGAACAACAUCUUCACCUCCGAGCGUCUGGUCACCAUCCACGAGAUUGAGCGUAAAAUUAUGGACCACCCUCACUUCCGGGAGUUCUGCUGGAAGCCACACGAGGUCCUCAAAGACCUCCCAUUGGGUUCUUACUCUUACUGUUCACCUCCUAGUUCUCUCAUGACCUAUUUCUUCCCCACUGAGAGGGGCGGAAAGAUCUACUACGAUGGCCUGGGACAGGACCUGGCUGACAUUCGAGGUUCCUUAGAGCUAGCCAUGACUCAUCCGGAGUUCUACUGGUACGUGGACGAGGCUCUGUCGGCGGAAAACAUGAAGAGCUCCCUCUUGCGUAGUGAGAUCCUCUUUGGGGCCCCUCUCCCCAGCUACUACUCGGUGGAAGACCGGUGGGAGGAACAACGCCGCAAGUUCCAGAGCUUUGUGGUGACCUACGUGACCUUGCUGGCCAAGCAAUCCACCAGCAAAGUCCAAGUGCUCUACGGCGGGACGGAUUUGUUCGACUACGAAGUGAGGAAGACCUUCAACAACGACAUGUUGCUCGCCUUCAUUAGCAGCAGCUGCAUCGCGGUUCUGGUCUACAUCCUUGCGUCUUGCUCAGUGUUCCUCUCUUUCUUUGGGAUCGCAAGCAUUGGUCUCAGCUGCCUCGUGGCCCUCUUCCUAUACCACGUCGUGUUUGGCAUCCAGUACCUAGGAAUCUUGAACGGAGUGGCGGCAUUUGUUAUUGUGGGGAUUGGUGUGGAUGACGUCUUUGUCUUCAUCAACACCUACCGGCAGGCCACCCACUUGAAAGACCUGAACCUCCGGAUGAUCCACACCAUCCAGACCGCUGGCAAAGCCACCUUCUUCACCUCCUUGACCACCGCCGCGGCCUACGCAGCCAACGUCUUCUCGCAGAUCCCUGCCGUCCAUGACUUUGGCCUCUUCAUGUCUCUGAUUGUUUCUUGCUGCUGGGUGGCCGUCCUCUUCACCAUGCCUGCAGCGCUCGGGAUAUGGUCUCUCUACUUGUCCCCUCUGGAAAAUGCCUGCCAGGCCAGCUGCAGUCAGAAAUGUGUGAAGGAGGACACCUUGCACGUCUCGGAUGGCCUGUUCAUCUCCUCGGAGGCCGCUGGCGUGCCAAGCCCAGGGCCUCUGCCUUACUUGGACGACGAUAUUCCUCUUCUGAAUGUGGAAGACGAACCAGUCGCUCUGGAACUGGGGGACGUCCCCUUGGUAUCCGUCCUGCCUGAGCAGCUCCAGGUCCCCACCAAGAAGAACAGCCAGGGCCACCUGUUAGCUCACCUGCAGGAACUUCUCCAGUACUGGGUGCUGUGGUCAGCCGUGAAGAGCAAAUGGAUGAUCGUUGGGUUGUUUGUGUCGGUUCUCAGCCUUUCGGUCUUCUUCGCCAGCCGCCUCCGCCCCGCUAGCCGCGCCCCUCUGCUGUUCCGGCCCGACACCAACAUCCAGGUGCUGCUAGAUCUGAAGUACAACCUGAGCGCUGAGGGAAUCUCUUGUGUCACCUGCUCAGGCUUGUUUCAGGAAAAGCCCCAUACUCUUCAGAAUAACAUCCGCACCUCUUUGGAGAAGAGGAAACGGGGCUCAACCCCAGUAUGGAGCAGCCGAGGAAGUGCCGCUGGUGAUGGAGGAGUGGGGCAGGACCCCCAGGGAACAGUCUACAUCUUCAGAUCCAAAGGCAAAGGCAGGCCAGUGGUCUACAGGUUCUCCCUCAAUGCCACCGUCCCAGCGCCAUGGCAGACGGUGCUCGCAGGAGAUGGGGAAGUCCCCUCUUUUCAGGUGUAUAGAGUUCCUUACGGUAACUUCACCAAGAGGCUGACCGCUUGUAUGUCCACAGUAGGGCAUGUCCAACAGAUGGGGCCCAAGAAAUGGAUGAUGACCACUCUGUCCUGUGAUGCCAAGAGAGGAUGGAAAUUCGACUUCAGUUUCUACGUGGCUACAAAGGAACAACUACGCACACGGAAGCUAUAUUUUGCCCAGUCGCACAAGCCUCCAUUUCAUGGCCGAGUGUGCAUGGCGCCGCCCGGAUGUCUCCUCAGCUCUAGCCCAGAUGGACCCAACAAAGGCUUCUUGUAUGUGCCAAGUGAGAGAGCCUCCCCCAAAGCCAAGCUAUCAGCCACAUCUGGAUUCAACCCUUGUGGGAACACCAGUUGCGGCAAACCAGCAGUGCGGCCACUGGUGGACACAGGAGCCAUGGUGUUUGUGGUGUUUGGGAUCCUCGGGGUGAACCGUACCCGGCGGAUGGACAACCACGUCAUUGGAGAUAUGGGCAGCGUCAUCUAUGAUGAUGGAUUCGACCUCUUCAAAGAGAUUGGCAACUUGUGCCGGAUCUGCAAGGCGAUCGCCGGCAACGCUGAGCUGGUAAAACCAGGAGGCGCCCAAUGCCUGCCGUCGGGCUACAGUAUCUCCUCGGUGCUUCAGAUGCUACACCCUGAGUGUAAGAAUAUACCCGAGCCAAACCUUCUUCCAGGACAGCUCUCCCAUGGGGCAGUGGGAGUGAAGGAGAGCAAAGUCCAAUGGAUCUCCAUGGCCUUUGAGUCGACAACCUACAAGGGCAAAUCAUCCUUCCAGACCUACUCUGACUAUCUCAAGUGGGAAACUUUCCUCCAGGAUCAGCUCCGGCAGUUCCCGGAAGGCUCGGCGUUGCGCCGGGGCUUCCAGACCUGUGAACACUGGAAACAGAUCUUCAUGGAGAUCAUCGGUGUUCAAAGUGCCCUUUACGGACUCAUUCUUUCCCUGUUGAUCUGCGUGGCUGCUGUUGCACUCUUUACCACUCACGUCCUGCUGCUGCUGCCUGUGUUGCUCACCAUUUUAGGGGUCGUGUGUCUGGUGGUAACCAUCAUGUAUUGGUCUGGUUGGGAGAUGGGAGCGGUAGAAGCGAUCUCCCUCUCUAUCCUUGUCGGUUCCUCGGUUGACUACUGUGUGCAUCUUGUGGAAGGAUUCCUCCUGGCAGGGGAGAACCUGCCGCUUCAUCUGGCUGAGGACCCCAGCUCCAUCCGCCAGUGGAGGACGAUCGAGGCGGUCCGGCACGUGGGCGUGGCCAUCGUCUCCAGCGCCGUCACCACCGUCAUUGCCACCGUCCCCCUCUUCUUCUGCAUCAUCGCCCCCUUUGCGAAGUUCGGCAAGAUCGUGGCCCUCAACACGGGCGUCUCCAUCCUUUACACCCUGACUGUCAGCACCGCUUUGCUGAGCAUCAUGGGUCCGCCCGCCUUCACCCGGAGCCGGACUUCCUUCCUGAAAGCCCUGGCAGGGGUGCUGCUCGCUGGCCUCGUGGGUCUCUGUGUGGGCCUGGCACUUCUGAGGAGCGGGUUCAGGAUCCCCCUUCCCAAUGGGACCGUCCUAUAGUUCUGCGCAUGCCCAAUGACCUCUUCUUUUUGAUACUUCUUUCGUGACCCUUCCCCUCCCUCCGACUAGAGAGCUGCAGGAGUCUCGGGAGCAGGACGGUGA